CGUGGAAGUAGCACAAGUGACAUCGUGUGUUUCCAGGGGACACAAAAAAGUGGGGGACCCGGCAAUUUUAGCAUUACUUAUUAGUAACGAUGUUUUGCUUUUAGCUAAGUUUCCACCUCUGCGGGCCUUUGUCAUUUCACUCAGCCGACUUCAGUCACUUCAGGACAGUCACGAAUGGAACAUGAAUAUCUCAGAUUUAUUUCCUAGUUUCGGUUCCACGUUACUUCUGAGCGCCGAGAGACCGCCGAGACGCACAGCCUACGUUCAAUGCCGUUGGAACAUGUCCUAUGUUCCCUUUCAAGAUGCAAGGUGUGCCGUCCCCCCCUCCUAUCAUCAUCACCCUCAUCGCACCCACGCCCACUUCUUCCACGCUCCCUCCUACGACCGUCCUGCUCACGAACGUCCCUCCUACGAACGUCCCUCCUACGACCGUCCCUCCUACGACCGUCCGUCCUACGACCGUCCCUCCUACGACCGUCCCUCCUUCGACCGUCCCGCCUACGACCGUCCCUCCUUCGACCGUCCCGCCUACGACCGUCCCUCCUACAACCGCCCCUUGCACGAGCGCCCCGUCUAUGAGCAACCCCAGCACGACCAUCCACCCCACGACCGCUGGAACCCACGUCUCCGUGUGAACCCUGGCAAUCAGCUCUACAUGUUGGACCAGGAGGAGGUACACCCUUUGCUGAUGCGCGAGAGGCGCUCAGAGUCUCACAGGAACAAGCUACUGCGGCGGACAGUCAGCGUUCCUGUUGAGGGACGGCACCAUCCUGAGAUGGAUCAUCGCGCCCGGCGGAAGAGCAUAGCUACAGGGAAGCAGCCCAGCAUGGAGGUCUCUCCCACUGCCCCCCUUCAACCCUUCCGACAAUCCGUGAGUAACCCCCUCUGUUCCCGGCCUCGCUCGCUGCCUCCGUCCCUCUCGCUGUCCCUCCUCCCUCCCCCCGCCCUGGGCCCGCCACACACCUGUGGUCGCCGCGCCAGCGGCACCCCACCUCACCCUUUCCCCCUCCCCCUGGCUGUCUCCCCUUCCUUCGCCUUGAGCCCGCAGCAGCACCGGCAGCAGCGAAAGGGCUCAAAGAAGGCGCUCAGCACUCCCCCUUUGCCCCGCUCACUGCCCCUCUCGCCUUCCCUGUCCUUCACCCUGCCCCACUCGCCUGCCGCCUCCUCCUUCCCCCCCUUCUCAUACUGGGGUGGAGACUGGAGGGCUGCCGGUUCGAGUCCAGUGGCGGGAGGAGCGUUUAUUGCACCACUACCCACUGUUGAGAGUUUCCUCAGUAGACGGUUGAAGGGCUCGAUCAAGAGGGCUAAGAGUCAGCCCAAACUGGACCGAACCAGCAGCUUCCGCCACAUGAUCCUCCCCCGCUUCCGCAGUGCCGACCAAGACAGGACCCGUUUGAUGCAGAGCUUCAAAGAGUCCCACUCCCAUGAGUCCUUGCUGUCUCCCAGCAGCGCCGCCGAGGCGCUGGACCUCACCCUGGACGAGGACGCCAUCAUCAAACCUGUCCACUCGAGCAUCCUGGGACAAGAGUACUGUUUUGAGGUGACUACGGCAUCGGGAACCAAGUGCUUUGCGUGUCGCUCAGCUGCAGAGAGAGACAAAUGGAUCGAGAACCUGCAGAGAGCUGUCAAGCCCAACAAGGACAACAGCCGGCGGGUGGACAAUGUGCUCAAACUGUGGAUCAUCGAGGCUCGUGAGCUUCCAGCCAAGAAGCGCUACUACUGCGAACUUUGUCUGGACGACAUGCUGUACGCGCGCACCACCAGCAAGCCCCGCACCGACACUGUUUUCUGGGGCGAGCACUUUGAGUUCAACAACCUGCCAGCCGUCCGCAGCCUUCGCCUUCAUCUAUACAAGGAGACGGACAAAAAGAGACGCAAGGAAAAGAGCACAUACUUAGGACUGGUAAGCAUCCCCAUCUCAAGCAUCACGGGACGUCAGUUUGUGGAGCAGUGGUACCCGGUCAUCCAGCCCAGCGUCCUCACCAAGGGAGCUGGCGUCGGUGGGGGGAAGAUCAUCAACGCAUCCGUACGCCUCAAAUCCCGCUUCCAGACCAUGAACAUCCUGCCCAUGGAGCUGUACAAGGAGUUUGCAGAGUACGUCACCAACAACUACCGCACCCUGUGUUCUGUGCUGGAGCCCGUGCUGAGUGUCAAGAGCAAAGAGGAAGUGGCCUGCGCUCUGGUGCAUAUACUGCAGAGCACAGGGAAGGCUAAGGAUUUCCUUUCCGACAUGGCGAUGUGUGAGGUAGACAGAUUCAUCGACCGAGAACACCUUAUCUUCAGAGAGAACACUCUGGCCACCAAAGCCAUAGAAGAGUACCUCAAACUGAUCGGACAUAAGUACCUCAAGGAUGCUAUAGGGGAGUUCAUAAGGGCCUUGUACGAGUCAGAGGAAAAUUGCGAAGUGGACCCCAUGAGAACGCCACCCUCUGUGCUCCCAGACCACCAAGCCAAUCUCCGAAUGUGCUGUGAACUGGCACUCUGCAAGAUUGUUAACUCCCAUUGUGUUUUCCCUCGAGAGCUGAAGGAAGUUUUUGCCUCCUGGAGAGUGCGCUGUGCCGAGAGGGGUCGGGAGGACAUCGCCGACCGCCUCAUCAGUGGUUCCCUCUUUCUACGCUUCCUGUGUCCCGCCAUCAUGUCCCCGUCGCUCUUCAACCUCACCCAGGAGUAUCCUGACGAGCAGACGUCACGCACACUCACCCUCAUCGCUAAAGUGGUGCAGAACCUGGCUAACUUCUCCAAAUUUGGCACUAAAGAGGAGUACAUGUGUUUCAUGAACGAGUUUUUGGAGAUGGAGUGGGGCUCCAUGCAGCAGUUCCUGUACGAGAUUUCCAACGUGGACAGUGUCAGCAACGCAGGCGGCUUUGAGGGAUACAUCGACCUGGGCAGGGAGCUUUCCAUACUGCACAGUCUGCUGUGGGAGGUCAUGGCUCAGCUCAGCAAGGACGCCAUCAUCAAACUGGGCCCUUUGCCUCGCCUCCUGAACGACAUCAGCAUGGCCUUGCGUAACCCACACCUCCAGAGGCAGCCAAGCCAUCAGACGGACCGGGUCCAGGAGAGGCAGGCGGACCGGCUGCUGGCGCGGCCGAGCUUCAACAGGGGCAUCUCGUCCGACUUUCAAAAUCUCAUGAUGAGGGAUCUUAAUAGCUCUAUAGAUAUCACUCGCUUGCCUUCCCCUACCUCAACCGGAGGGGUCAUGCCGACCCGCUCGCAGAUGAGUUUUCAGGACCGUGACCACCUUCAACGAGCGUCCUCCAAAGACAUGUUUUAUGUAUCUCGGCCGCCCCUGGCCCGAUCCAGCCCGGCCUACUGCACAAGCAGCUCGGACAUCACUGAACCAGACCCUAAGGAUUCCCGCAUGAACAGCGUGUCUAACCUGCAGUCGGUGGACAUGCUCAACUCCUCCCAGGCCUCCAUCGCCGGCAUGGGCAGCUUCGGAGGGCUGAGCAGCGGAGGCGGUGGCGGCCUGGGGUCGGGCCUGAGCAGCCAGCUGCGGGCCGGUGGGAGGUUGUCAGCUGGCUCUGGCGGCUCCAGCAUGUCCGGCGGCCUCCGGCUGAGCCAGCUGAGCCAGAUGGGCACCACCACCGACUCGCUAUCCCAGCAGCAGCAACAGCAGGCCGCCGCCAUGCGCUACCCGCUUUCCUUCCAGAAUCCCCUCUUUCAUCUGGCGACCGCUGAUGGGCCCCAACAGCAACAGCUCCAUCACCAGCAAAGCCGGGCCCAACCCCCAGCGCCCCUGCUCCUGGCCCCAGAGCCGGACCCCUCUCACCAGUCCUACAUCCCACAGUUCGCCCACGGGGGGUUCUCUCGCAGCGAGGACCUGUCCACCCUCAGGACCAGGGACAGUCACCUGGGCCAGCCCAGCAUCAUCCACUCACACAGCUACAGUGACGAGUACAACAGGGCUGACUAUGGACGCAGGCAGAUGUCCAUGCAUGUGCAGGAUAACAUCCAACAGCAGCAACAAAUGAUGGGCAUCACCUCCCAGACUGGAACCUCCCACUCCUCCCUGGCCACCACGCCCCCCACCACAGUGCUACCCGUGCGCCAGAGUUCCGUUGCCCCGCCUCCCACCCAGCGCAUCAAAUCGCAGACUUCCCAUCAGCUGUCCGUCAGCGCAGCUGCCGCUCCCGCCGCUCCGUCGAAAACGCGGCCGCAGAGCGGGAAUCUCCUCCAGUCGCCCGAAUCCGGCUUCGCCGGCCGGCAGCAGGGACCCCGACAGCUGUCGGUCAAAGACAACACUGCCCCGGGCCUGCCCCACCAGCAGAGCUCCGUCAGGGAAAGCCAGAGUCCACAGGGAACAACCAGUCAGAGCACUCAACAGUCGCCACAGCAACAGUCUCAGCAACAGCAGCAGCAGCAGCAGCAGCACCUUCUCAAACCCACCAUGAGCAAACAGGGCUCCCAGUCUCCAUCCACCCUCAAUCCCCCGACCCCGGCCAACGAGCGAACAGUGGCCUGGGUGUCCAACAUGCCUCAUCUGUCGGCUGACAUUGAAAGUUCGCGGAUCGACCGAGAAGAGUUCAAGCUGAAGGAGUACUCAAAGAGCAUGGAUGAGUCACGCAUGGACAGGGUACGCGAGUACGAGGAGGAGAUCAACUCCCUGAAGGAGCGGCUGGUGAUGUCGCACAAAAAGCUGGAGGACUACGAGCGGAGGCUCCUCACGCAGGAGCAGCAGACCAACAAGAUCCUGCUGCAGUACCAGAAUCGACUCGAGGACAGCGAGCGGAGGCUACGGCAACAGCAAGUGGAGAAAGACUCCCAAAUAAAAGGAAUAAUCAACAGACUUGUGGCUGUGGAGGAUGAGAUAAGGGGAGGACCCGUGAUAGAGCCAAAAACCAGGAUUUUCCCUGAUCAGGAGGACCAGCUUUCCUCCCUGGGUUCUGCAGACCCCGGUGUGAAAACUGAAGGUGGAGGGGGAGGUGGAGGAGGAGGAGGAGGAGGAGGAGCGGUAACCAACGAUCAAGGCCUCAGAGUCUCUUCCUCAGGCAUUUCCUCUGACAGCUCGCCCCACAAUGGAGUCCUCCCUCAUACCAUAGACCCUCCCUCUCUGCCCACGCCUCGUCAACAUCCUAGUCAGAAUGGAGAGCUCCGUGGCAACCAAACGUCCUCCCCCAUGACAACGUCACAGUCAACUGGAACCACGGCAACAGCAACUACAGGCAUAGCAGAAGAAGGGGGAGUAGGUCAAACACAACACUGAGCCAAAUCAGAGAGAGAUGACACAAAGGAAAGGGAAACAGUGUCCCCAUCUUUUCCUAUUUAGCAAGACAAUGCUUUGAAAAGAAAUCACCAAUGAUACUCUUAUAACCCCGGGCAAGAGAGAGAAGAAAAGUGUACAGGAGACGAGAAGUAACCAUUCACCCCCCACUGUACAGUGCAUAACAUGUGAACACACAACACAAAGGGCUCUUCAAUGGACACUUGUACUCUUUAACUCACAUGGCGCUUCAGCUCGUAUCAGUCUUGCAGGACAAGAUACUGGUGCGCCACACAUGCUGUUUGAAUCAGUCAGACAAAGCAACCGACGAACACACCAAGCCACAACGCGUGAACAUCUGCUCUGUGCACUCAUUGCCUGUCCGUGGCAUCAUGAGAAAUAAAAUACAUGCGAGCACGAUAGAAUGUCUUGCACCCCAAAGACUUCAUGGCGGCCAUCAGCAAAGAUGUGCUAUGGGCUGGCUUGCAGUAACUCUCGACACCUAUGGAUGUACCGUAGGUGCAUUCAAUAUAUGCCAAUCCUGAACACCGCCAGGCUACAGAUGUGUUAGGGAAGAGAUUGUGGCGAUGUAGUCUGGCUUUUCUUAGUGCCUUCGAGUGAUUUACAACAGGGUUUUCCAAUAGAGAUAACAGCUGCAGAUCCACGUCAGCUUCGCUAGUAAGAGUGAGUGGUCUGUGGGCUGAAAACAGAGAUUCAAAAACACAAUAUCAAGCAUCACACAGGUUUGAGUGACGGAAGACGUUUUUGGGAACUUUUCUUUUUUGGUGUUGUUCUUUUUUCCAAAUGUAAGGGACUUUCUCGUUUUUGGACUGAGCGCGUGCAAUUUUUCUCUUCUCAAUCUCAGAACCAAUAUGUGAUCAACUGGUGCUAAACAGAAACAAAUGGUGCCAUUUUUCCAAGUCAAAUGUCUGUCUGCCAUAGCACUGCCUCUGUCAUGAUUCACUCACUGUCUUUUCUCUCUCUCUCCUCUGUCUUUGACAGGACCCACCUCACCUCCAAUACGUUUUGUGCCUGUCUCUGUGUUUGUUCUUUGUGCAUCUCUGUUGUGUUCCUCUUUCUGGUGGGGGUGUUGGGGUUUUAGAAGCAUCCUCCUCCAAUCUCCAGUUUUAUUUACAGUAAAAGCUGCUCUCCGGCUCAAAUUUGAGGGAUCAGAGCUACUGAACAUAGCGCACAGGUGUCUUUUUAAGAUUUGUGGAGGCUGAGCCCCGAAGCGCUUUUUUUCAGUUUACACAGACCACUGAUGAUAUUAAGGCAGAAUGAAGAUAGUUGGAAUGAAAUGGAUGAAUGGAACUUAUUCCAAAGUUCAUUUUCUUCUAUCAAUCAUUAUCUAUCAUUCAAUCAUUUUUAUGCAAGAAAAACAACUUCCACCAAAACUGAUAUUGUUAGAAAACAUACAAAUUAUAAUGACAGAUUGGUAAUUGCCCUCUUGUGUUUUUAGUUUUGGGCAUGUACUAGAUUUUACCACAUUAAAGGAUCAUGUUGUUCCUUCUUAAAUGUGAUAAUAGACUUCUUCAGCCAUUUAAGUUCGCUAAGCUUGCCAUCAAGUGCCUGGGAUAAGUAUAUUGAGCAUCCUUUGGCCAGUAGACUAGCUAAUCAUCCACCAAAUGCACCUUAAAAAGCCUUGCUUUAGACAUUGAGAAUAUGUUUUACCCCUAAUGCUUGAAAAUAUUAAUAAUAUCUUCCUUUUUUUGUAGUUUUAAUAAUGUGAAGAAUCAUUUCAAAAUGAAAACAGUGGCAUAUUUUUCUGAAAAAGUGUUUGAUAAUAAGAUUAAACCAUUUAAUUUACAUUCAACUUUAGAAAUAUGAUUUGAUGUUUGUUUUGCUUCCUUUCAAAUCAACACUUCAGUUUCUCAUGUGUCAAAUGCUGAAAACACGAGUCUUCGAAAUGUGUGUAACGUGUAUCCAUAAUCUUUCAUGUUGUGUAUGAACUGUCUGUUACAAUGUUUGUCUGGAUGUGAAUCUGUUCUUGUCCCUGUAGCCUCACACACUGGUGUCGCUCUGCAGCAACUCGGCUUCUUUAAAGUUGAAGGUUGAACCAAGAAGAGUGCCAGGGUUUCACUUGUCGGCCAUUUUUAUUUCUCAGUUUGCAGAGUCAAAAGAUCAAAAGGGCCAAAGCAAAUAGUUCACAGUGCAGAGCUGGUUGAUCAGUUUAGGCCAGAUUCAUAUUCACAGUCAAUGUUAAACUGUCGAACCACUAAAUGUUAAUAAUGCUAGCAGUGUUGCGCAGGAAAAGAUUGUCUUCGAUUUACACAGCUCGCAGGGCUACUUUUUCUCUUCUGUCAUGACUUCUGUGUGAUUUAAUGUCGGACGCAAAGCAGGCUAGGUUUGAACAUCAUUGUCUUCUCAGAAAUGUGAGAUGGAUCCACGAUUGACAAAUUAACAUUGCUGUGAAAAUACCUCAGUGACUCAGGUAAACAAGCAGUUGCCUCAGAGCUGAACACAAAAACCAAUAGCGAAAGAGAUGAGUCCAGCUUCCGGAGAGACUCGGUCAAUAGCUAUGCUUCGAUAGCACCUGAUCAAGCACCCUCCUCCGUUUCUUCUCUCUCUCUGUCUCCCUCUUCUUCUUCCCCUAUAGCCACUCUCAAAGCUUCAUCGAGGACAAUGUGGAACGUAAUUGGCUGAUACACCAUCGGCAGUCCAAAGGGUGGCAUAGCCAAAUGUCCAGAGCCCUCUCUCGUGACGCGAUUGGCUGACAAAGGGAGAACUUGGGGCAUUGGUCCCAUUCUCUAUGCUCAAAGGAUGGUGCAGAGCCCCAGCGGACCAUGUAAGGAAAUGCUGGGUUUUUUUCUUGUUUUUUUUUUUGUUUUUUUUUCACCUUACCUGGGCCCUCUCUCUCUGAUUUGAUAACUGGAUUUUUUUUUCUUCUUUUUUUUUUUUUUAAGUGUGAUUGGAUCUACAUUUUACUUUUAAAAGGUAGGCCGGACAUACAUUGGCUUUUGGUGGCCUAACAAGCAUGCAAAGAACAGCUAUGCAGUCUGCUCAAUCAGCGGAACAGAGGAACGCAAAGGCCAAGGAGGCUGCGAUGGUCCAAAAAUGAGAGAGAGGGCAGAUUUGUAUUGUGGGGUAAGAUGUAUUUCAAAGGUGCUUGACUUCUCUUGAAAUUUCAGUCAAAGCUGAUUUACUUUCAAAGCAUUUAUUUCCCUCUCUCUCUCUCUCUCUCUCUCUCUCUCUUUCUAUCUAUCUAUCUUUCGUAGUCUUUUCAAAUUACCCUUUGAUUCCUCUCCAUCUAUUCACUCUUUUAUCUAUUUAGGAUUCUCUAAGCAUUAUUUAACCACUUCCUUCUUACUUCUUUUUUUAAACACACUUGGUCUCUUGCUCUCUCUCUUGAUUCCAUAUAGUUUUCGCUCUUCCGUUUGAAUCUCAGACUUUGAUUUUAAAGGAAACUAAAUAUGCACAGCCUAAUACAACAAGUGAGCCUGCUUCAGAACAAAAACUCUUGCUUCAGUGAAGACUUUGACAAAACGAACCGGACAGAAUGUUAUUAUUUAUAUUUCUAUGAUACUGCUUAUUCUUACAAUAGUAUUUAAAAGAAAAGAACAACCUCUUCAUCAGAAAUCUUCCGGAGCAGAUAUUUAUUUCUUGAUAUAGAUAGAUGCCUCUAUCUAAUGGAAGUUCAUAAAUAAUCCAUUUUAUAUGAACCUGAGUUUUCUUACUAAGACAAUCUUGUGGAGAGAAUCGUUGCCCUGACGGACUGUGACAAAAGGGACAAACUUGUGUUUUACCUACUCCCCUUACCACAGUUCGCACGUUGCUGUGUCCUGUGCCCUCUUUCCUCUUGGUUAUAAUCAUCCAAAAACUGAAAAAGAAAAAGAAAAGGUUGGACGACGUUUCCCGCCCCCCAACAAUCGCCAUGGAGCUCUCCAUUUAUGGACGAUGCGAAAGCCGCUGAAUAAAGUGACAUUCUCACAGGUAUUUUGUGUUUCCACUACGACGAUCUGUCUGUAGAGGGGUUUUUGAACGAGCAGCGGGUGAACUCUUGGUUUCAGUGUGGCCACGUUUCUGCAGUCGAAAAACUGCUGCAAACCUCCCCAUUUAUUUCUACAGCUGGACGCCACUGACACCAAUCCGAGUUGAAAUCCCUGCCAUUCCCACUUGUGACUGAAAUGAGGACAGAGAGAGAGAUAUGUUAGAGGUCCUGCUGAAACGAGUGAAUGUGUUUGUAUAUAAGUGUGCGUACUGGCUAAAUCUUUGUGUAUAUACCGGAUAAAUGUGUGUAUAUAGUAUGUCUAUGUAUAUAUACAGUUUGUUUGUAUAUGCAGAGUGUACAGUUAUUUUUUCCUCUAAUGUUUCUCUCUCUUUCUAUGAAUAGGUCUUCUCAAGUUACCAAUACUGAGGCAUGGAGAGGUUUUUAAAUGUACCGACAGCUAUCAGAGGCACUUUCUGUGCAGACUUAGAAUAUCAGCAAGGUCUGUCACUUACAGCUGCAUUCUCGACGCUCUCACACAAGACGUAACUCACAUAAUCUUAAGCUUGCACUCAUUUUCUGAUCGACUGAAAAGCUUUUUUUUCUAAGUAGAUUUGGGUGACCAAGCAUUGUUUGUACAUAUAUAGACUUAAGACAAUUUUUUUUUUUUUUCCUUUCAGAAAACCUCCAUCUACAUUUCUUUGAAAAAUUUCUUAACCUGUUUUGAGUUCAUGUGUAUCUGGCUUUCACUUUAGGUUUCCCUUUGGUGUAUGUUUUCAACGGUUGUCAUUCAGAGUUAUAUAGUUAUUCGGACAACCCUUAUAUAUUUCUUGGAAGUUUUGUUCCCCAAAUUCUGCCUCUCAUGGAGCCUUCUAGCCCGUUUGCCACGAUGCGGUUGGACUGGCAAAUUCUUCCAUGAAAGUAUACUGUCAUUACUUAACACUGCUUGUUUUUGUAUAGGUCUUUACUAAAUCAGUGUGCCUCCCCCAUUAUACUCUUACUAACCUUAGAUUCAUAACCACGCUGGUCACUCACCUUCAUACCCCUUGACAAGCCAUAGCCCCCCCUCCCCCCAAAACUCCUCUAUUGUUGUUUUGACAGGACAGACAUUUGGGGAUUUUGUGUAUAUUAAUGGAAGAGUGGUGUUGAAGAGUGUAUUGCAGUUGUAUAUGGAUUUGUUAUGAAUGUGGAUAUUCUGAUCAUUGAAUUAUUAUUGUAAUAAUGAUAAUAAUUAUUGCCACUUUGAUUUUGUUGAUUGAUUUGUUGGAUGCGGUUGACGAAGAUGCCAUUGUUCCUUUUAUUUGUUUUAUUUGUUUUCUUUUUGGGGGGGGCGGGGAAUACACCGGAAUUUAUAUUUUUCGGGUGGGUGAAUCUGGAGAUAGA